UGUAGAGCCGGUGGUCCUCCGCAGCUGGCAGAAGUGAUUUUGGGGACCGACGAGCAGCACGCAGGAGAGCGGGGGUUCGCGGUGGGGGAAAAUGACACAAUCCUCUGGAUAAAUGGCGAAGUUUAAGAUGAAAGUCUACCAGCUUUGGCUGCUUUUUGUUUUGUUUCUUCCUUUGUCAAGUGUUUUAUGUUUCAGCGAGUUGUCCUUCAUCACAGAGCCCAGUGAUGUAACUGUUCUACCAAAGGACCCUGCUGUCUUGGACUGUCAGGCUCAUGGUCAGCCUCCAGUCACCAUCAAGUGGCUAAAGAAUGGAGUUCGCUUGGCAGAAAGUGAGCACAUACAGUUUCUGCCCAACGGCUCCUUGUACAUACCAAAGAUAAAGCAUACCAAGGAGGAUUCAGAUGAAGGAUUCUACCAGUGCCUCUCACAGAACAAAUAUGGAGCUAUCCUAAGCCAAAGAUCACGUCUGACUAUCGCAAGUAUCUCAGAGUUUGUGGUGCAUCCCGUGCCUAUGGUGGUGACUGAGGGCUCAGUGGCACGAUUCUCCUGUGCAGUCACCUCCAGCCCUCCUGCCACCAUCACCUGGGAGCUCAACCAAAGCACAUUACCACUACAGACAGACAGAAUUACCAUUUUGCCCAACGGAGUUCUUCAGAUCCACAAUGUACAACUGGAAGAUGCCGGACAGUAUCGAUGUGUGGCAACUAACAUUGGUAGCAGUUUGAAGAGUAGAGAGGCCACGCUGACAGUCAACCAAGGUGCUGGCCCUAAACCACGUCAGAGGCCCAGAAUCAUAGCUGGACCUCAGAAUAUCACAGUUUCCCUCCACCAAACUGUGGUGCUGGAGUGUGUGGCCACAGGAAGCCCCUGGCCCAUCAUCUCCUGGAGCCGCGCUGACAGUAAACCCAUCGAUGUGUACAAUGCCAAAGUGUUGGGCAAUGGGAACCUAGUUAUUACUGAUGUCAAUUCCAAGCACAGUGGAGUCUACCUCUGCAGGGCCACCACCCCUGGAACCCGCAACUACACGAUUGCUGCUGCCAACCUCACGGUUCUAGUGCCACCAUCCAUUGUCGAGAGGCCCGAGAGCCAGACCCGUCCAAGGGCCGGCACUGCCCGAUUUAUGUGCCAAGCAGAGGGAGUACCCCCACCCCGCAUCAGCUGGCUAAAGAAUGGAGAAGAGGUUCACUUAAAUGGCCGAAUUAAGAUGUACAACAGUAAAUUGGUGAUUACCCAGAUCAUCCCUGAGGAUGAUGCCAUCUAUCAGUGCAUUGCAGAGAGUGAGCAGGGUUCUGUGCUGUCCCUGGCUCGCCUCAUUGUUGUCAUGUCAGAGGACAGGCCCAGUGCACCAAGAAAUGUCCACGCUGAGACCAUCUCAAGCUCUGCCAUCUUACUGGCCUGGGAAAGACCCCUCUAUAAUGCAGACAAAGUCAUUGCCUACUCCAUCCAUUAUAUGAAAGCUGAAGGUCUAAACAAUGAGGAAUACCAAGUUGUUAUUGGCAACGACACGACCAGUUAUAUCAUCGAUGAUCUUGAGCCGGCCCGAAACUACAGCUUUUACAUUGUUGCUUAUAUGCCAAUGGGAGCCAGUCGUAUGUCAGACCAAGUCAGUCAACAUACCCUGGAGGAUGUGCCUCUGCGUACUCCAGAGCUAAGUCUGACCAGCCACAGCUCAACAGAUAUCCAGGUGAGCUGGAAGCCGCUGCCUACCAAGGUGAGCCGCGGUCGAUUGUCUGCAUACAGACUAUCCUAUCGUACAGCUGCAGACAACACAGUUAUCUCUGUGGAGAUACCUCAGAACAGCACUGAAUAUCUCCUGGAAGGUCUGCAGCCUGACACCAUCUACCUGCUCCGCAUGGCUGCAGCCACCCGCGUGGGCUGGUGUGAGCCUUCAGCGUGGACAUCCCAUCGUACACCUAAGACCACCAGCAGCAAAGUGCCUUCAGCCCCUAUUCUUCAACUUGAGCCGCUUAACUGCACCUCCAUUGUAGCACGCUGGCAAAUCUCCUCAGAAUCUGUGCCUGUCCAGGGUUACCGGCUGUGUUACCAUGAGGAAAGCCAACCAGAGCAGCCCAUCAUCCAGCUGCAGGCUCAAACCUAUACCUACACCAUCAGUGGCCUUGAUCCAAGGAGAAAGUAUCAUGUCAAGAUCCUGGCUGUCAGUCAAGCAGGAGACGGCUAUCAGACAGACCAAACAAUUAGUACUCCUGGAUGUGUGUCGGCCAGAGACCAACCAGCAGCAACCCCUCCACCUCCAGAUCACGUGACUGUCUUGGCCACCAAUUCAUCUGAAGUGUCCCUGCGCUGGAGCAGUCCUGCCUUCACCUCUGGGAAGGCUGUCAGCUAUACUGUCCGCUGUACACCUGUGGGCACACACAAUGCCUCUGCUAUACGCUACCUACAAACUACCAAACAAGGUGUGACAGUUCAGAAUUUGCAUCCAAACACUCGCUAUGAGUUUGUGGUGCGUCUUCAUGUGGACCAGAUGUCGAGUCCCUGGAGUUCUGUUGUUUACCAUCGGACUCUACCAGCAGCGCCCAGCCAACCACCUGCAGGAGUACGAGUAACUCUGAUUGAGGAUGACACUGCGUUGGUGUCCUGGAGGGAGCCCACAGAGCCUAAUAUGGUGGUCACACACUAUACCAUCUUGUACGCUUCCCAAAAAUCCUGGAUGGCUGGACACUGGCAAAUAAUACAGAGAGAAGGAAGCCAUACAAUGGCCCUGCUGGAGAAGCUGGAGGCAGGGAACGUCUACCUGGUGAAGAUCUCUGCCUCCAACCAGGUCGGGGACGGACCUUUCUCUAACGUUGUAGAGCUGGCACUGAAGCGUGGAAACGCUCACCGCAGCAAGAAUCCCAGACACUCUGACAGCUAUCAUGACACAACAGUGUUCUCUGAUGGUCUCUACCACAUAGACCAGAGGUCCAUGACAGGGAUCAUUGUUGGUGUGAGCAUUGCCUUGGCCUGUAUCGUUAUGUGUGCCUUGAUCCUCAUCAGUAAGGGCAGACCAAGAAAAUCCUCUGGUCACAAAGUCAUUGCUGUGGCAACCGGUGAAGGCCCACAUGCUGGUUUGUCCCUCCCUAAUGAACUGCAUGUAGAGAACGCUGAGGCCCUAAUACCCAUGAUAAGUGCUCACUUUAUAGAUGCCAAGGGUGGAUCUAAUAUGGUCAUAAAUAGCGCCGGUCCACUCAACAGCAAGAGUCAAAGCAAGAGGUGGCUGCUCUUCAAGAGGGACAUCAGGAAUCAAACUGAGAGUGAUGUUGAGAGGAGGGCUAGCUUGUAUGAGGCCGGCAAAACUGUUCUGAGGUAUGAGGAGCAUUUAGGCUCAGCACCCCUGCCACCUUCGUCCCGGGAGAUCAUCUACGGACCACUUCACUCGGAGAGCUCUCACACCAGUGAGGGCAGCCAAGAGACAGGAGACUCUGGGCACUACUCCAACGAAGAAAGCAACGAAGAGAUGAGCAAUCCGUCGACCAGCCAGAGCUCCAGACCUGAAUCUUUUGGGCCGGACGACAGCACCGCCGUCGCUGAGCUGAAGCAGUCUUUCGAAAUGGAAAAUGAGGAGCACCUUUGCCUCCAUCACUCCGCCCCUGAUGCUACCCGCCUCUGCUGCACCUCGGAUGACUCUCAUCCUCCUCAGCACUCGUCCCAAGCAGUCGGCUCCUGACAUCACCUGGCCCGGACCUGCUCUCCAGCAGCCGAAGAUUCUCCACCUCUACCUCGUUUUGCUUCCUGAGUUGAGCCCCUCAGUUAUUUCCGAAGGGAUCAGGAAGUCAGCCGCUGCGAUGGAGGACAUGAGCAUUUACUUCGGAUCUACCUCAGGAUUUUGUAUGAAUGUUUGUUACAACAUUUUAUUUCCAUUUUUUAAACUUUCUACCUGUUUGUCUGUGUUUGGCGUUGUCUGUCCUAAACCAGAGCUCACCCAUGAUGAAUGUUUAAAAGAAUGUCAAAAAUGUAUUGAGAUACAUUUUCAUUGUAUUUAAUUUCUUUCCACUGGAGCAGAGGGUUGAGCCCUUUGGACUGAUUAUCUACCUCAGUGUUCUGUUCUUGUAUCUACAUUACUACCUCCUUUUCACCACAUAUGUGCAGUAUUAUCUCAGACUCAGGGGACAAGGUGAAACCACUUCAUUGCCAUGUCUUGUUACCUCAAUUGAGGGCGAUAUUAUCUAGAGGUCAUCAUUUUUAUUUUUUAAAUUCUCUCAACUUUUAAUUUCACGGUUGAAAGAGCUUUUGUUUCACAUUGUUUGUCUUUGAAUGAUGUAUGUUGUGAAAAAAAAACAAGUGCAUUAGAUAUUGUCAGACUAUUGGAGCUAUAUCAUACCAUAUUGUUUGGCAUUUUCAGUGCACUGAACUCAAAGCUUUAAUAUGGCCUUAAUAUGGAAAGGGCUUUGCAUACUAAAGAAGAUGAGAUCCAAAGACACAAAAAAUUGUACCCAAAGAGUUUUUGAUAAUACAAUAGAUAUUCUAAGGCAACCAAAAAAAAUAUAGUGGAUGUACAUUAAGGGUGCGUUUUGCCAAAAUAUUGUUCUUGCCAAUGAUGUAAAUUUCUCUUAGAAUGGUGGUUUGAAUGCUUUUUUCUCGAUGCUUUAUUCUGGUGAAAGCUUUAGCACAAGUCUCCCCCGGCUUGUGUCGCAUUUGCCUUCAAGACCAUUGCUAAACGCAGCGGUGACGCCGAUGCUAUUAUCCAAAGAGUUGUCUGCUUCCUCAGAUGGGUACGGCUUUUCAUUCAGUUGAUCCUUGGUACGAUGUGGUGGAAAUUAUUAUUGACACAAGACCAAAGAUCCGGUGUGUCCUGCCAGUGAUAGAUGAUGAUAUUUAUUCUUUGUUUAGAGAAUCAUCUGUCACCGAUCACCAAUAUUGCUGUACGGGGAAGAGUUCUCUAUCUCUCCGUAAUAUUUCCUGUCCAGGUGUGACAAUGAAGGAUUCUGACUAUCAAAAUGGAAACCCUAUGUGUGAAGAGCAACAUAAUCAAUUUUUAUAUCUUUGUAAUACAAAUAAUCCUAACCAAAGAAACUUGAAGUCUCUGUUAUUUAGUGAUUUUCUUUGGGUUCAUUUACAAUAAUUGCAUUUAAAUGUGAUAUGAUUUCCAAUGGUUUUGAUUGCUAGAAAGGCUUUUUUUUUUUUUUUUUUUACAUAGAUGUGAGAUGAUGAGAUGUCAAAAACUGUUCUGCUGUCUUUUUAUCACCAUGAGAUUUCACCUGAAUGAUAAUUAGGUUACAUUGGAAAUUUUAAUUGAGAUGGGUUUUUUUUAGCAUGAUGAUGUAAAGAAAAGCAUUUCCCAAUUUUAAUGUGACAUUUUCCUAAAUGAAUAUGACUGGUUUCAUGCCUGUGUAAUGCAUUAAUGAAAAAUGGAUAAUUUGAAUGCAACAGGUAAUUUUGUGACCUAACUCUGGAGCCAAUGUAGAUUUAGAGUGUAGACUUAACUGUUAUUAUUUAAGUUAUGGUUUUCUGAUAUUUCUGCUUUUGAAUACCAAAAUACACCUUUUAAUCCAAAGUGAGCAACAAAACAAAGUAUUUUAAGUGUUGAAAUGUUGCAACAGACUUUUUUGAUAUUCUCAAGAUGAUCACAAAUA